AUGUCAGGUGCUCUGGCGUCCUUGGUCGGCAAGAGAAUUUUAGCGGAAUCAGCGAGGAACCAUUUCGGCCAAGAGGAUCCCUAUUUCGAAGAAGUUCCGGCAUCACGACUCUACCGAGCCUUCGGCAAGAAGACACGGAAGAGACAAAAAGCAAUUCCUCCAGGCCUCUCUGAGAAUGACCGGAGAGUCCUCACACAGGUGAAACGCAGGGCGUACAGACUAGACUACUGCCUAUUCAAUCUGUGCGGUAUUCGCUUUGGCUGGGGCAGUGUUAUUGCGCUGAUUCCAUUCCUCGGUGAUGUCGGCGAUACCGCCCUUGCCAUGAUGGUCGUAAAGAACUGCGAGGAGAUUGACGGGGGGUUACCAGCACGGCUCAGGAUGAUAAUGAUGAUCAAUGUGCUGAUCGACUUCGUUAUCGGUCUGGUCCCAUUCAUAGGGGACGUUGCAGACGCUGUGUACAAAUGUAACACAAGGAACGCUGUCAUUCUAGAAAAGCACUUGCGAGAAAAGGGGGCGAAAGUGCUUAAGGCGCAAAGUCGAACUCCGGAAGGGAUCAUUGAUACCAGCCUGCCCGAGGAAUUCGACAGAUAUGACCAGAGUGCCUCGGACGAACCGCCUAGAUACGAGAGCCAGGCACAAACGGGACCUGCUAGGCCGGAGCCUGCCAGGCAUCCGAAGAGAGACCGGUCGCAGAAAGGGUGGUUUGGUAAAUCGUCCGAUCGAGCAGGUGACUUGGAGGCUGGAGUGGCGGAUAACUCACAAUCCCGUGUCUGA